AAUACUGUUUUUUUAUUCAAGAAAAUAAAUAUUACUGUUUACAGUAUCUGUUGUCAACGCGAUAGUAGUUGCUAAGCUAUUGUUCGGCUACGUUGUAUAUUACAGCGACUCGUUAACUAACUCGUUAACUUGUAACAGAAAUGUUAGCUUAGUUAACCAAUUUGAUUUAUUCAGCUAGCUAAAAAAUCGUCACCCUGUUAAAAUAAUCGCCUAACUCAUUUUUUUCAAGUUUUGCAGGAAACACAAAAAAACUUCAUCAAAAGUGUAACAUAUCUGAUCUGUGAUCUCAUUAUUGACCAAAUAAGCCAUGAUUAUAAUUUUUACCAAGCAACUUACUUUGUGCUGAUGUAAGCCAUCAGAUAUGGUUGUAAUUUUAUUACUGUGUUGUAUUUGCAUAUUUCCUGCAUUCACAAUAUGCUGAUAUGUCCCUUACCAGCCAAUGUUUAGUAAAGGUUCAUUAGCAGCACACAAUGGACUCCCCAGAAGCAGAAGCUUCAACCCACAGUGAAGGAAGAGAAGACACCAUACCAAGCACAUCAAAUACAUCAGGUCCAGGAUCGACAGAAGACGGACCAAAUGCAAACAAGGCGCCUUUGAAGAGGACCGCUGGUAAGCCUAGAAAUGCAAAAGCCAAGAAGCGUAGAAAGGCCAGCGCGUCCAGGCCUGCUCCACUUGGAUACACUGUCCAUCAGGGGGAAGAUAUGCUCCUCGUCAUAUCGAGUUUGACUUCUCAGACCGAAGGCUCAGCCUGGAUUCCUACAAAGAAGGGAAGCAAAAAGAAGAAGAAGAAGUUAACUAAAGGGAAAGGGAAAGUUAAGCAGGUUAAAAAAAGAAAGACGGUCCGUGCCAAGCCUAAACUGGUAAUUGAUCCAGUUGCCAAAGGAAAAGAGGACACUGAUUUGUUUGUGGCGGAGAAAGCAACAGACCACAGAUGGGGUCAAAGUCUUCCUGAGGAGGUGCUAAUCAGCAUUUUUCAGAUGGUGGUGGUCCAAGAUGGUGCUGUACCAUUCCUAUGCAGGGUGGGGAGUGUUUGUCGCCUGUGGAACGCUGCAGCCUCCAGUCCGGCCCUGUGGCGUAAAGUGGCUGUAGGUCACUGCUGGAUUCCACCAGGAAAUACCCACACACCUAAAACUGAGAAGAAGGUUAAAGACACUUUCGACUGGCUGGCACAGAACAGAUUCUCUCAGCUACGAGACUUCUCUCUCUGUCACUGGAAAAAAAAUGUUACCCAUGCAGUAGAGGUUGUGUCGCAGUUCUCUCCCCACCUGUCCUCCCUCAAGCUCUCCUACUGCACAGGCCUGACCGCGAGAGCCUUCCACAGCCUCGGUCGUCACAGUCAGUCACUGCAGAGCAUAAAUCUCCAAUAUUCAGAGUUUCAGCUUGAGGGACUCCUGGAGUACCUUGAACAUCGUGGGCGCCAGCUCAAGCAGAUUUUGUUCACUCAUGGACUAAAGACUGACAGACUGCUGACAGCCAUCAGCAGGGGAAGCUGUCCUGAUUUGGAGUUGUUGGAGAUCAACACAAAGCUCGACACUAAAGACUGUGAACUUCCCGUUUUCAUCCCGGCACUGCAGAUGGCAUGCCCUAAACUUAAGACCUUCCGUAUGCUGAACGUCCGGCCUCGCUACAAGAUGAUGCGUUGUGGCCCUGAGACAACAUUAGGCUUCCCGCUACUGGAGGAGUUAUGUAUCGCAACCACCUCGUUUUCCUACAUGACCGACAAAGAACUCUGGGACAUCCUGUUUGGCUCCACAAAGCUGCGGGUGUUGGAUCUGCGAGGCUGUUCUCGAAUCACACCAUCUGGCCUUGCAACAUUGCCCUGUCCUGAGCUUGAGUGUCUGUUCUGGGGACAGCAUUUCAAAGGCACUGUCACCAAUCUCGAGUCCUCGUUACCCAAGAAGGGGCUUCACAUGGUGACGCAGAAAUGGAGUCAAACACUGCAGCAGCUUGACGUUGCAAAUCAGCUCUUCACUGAGAAGGACUUGGAUAGAGCGAUGAGUUACCUUGCUCAGGCCACAGAGGCAGAUACCCUGCGUUCACUCAACCUGACUGGGACCAGGAUCACACCACCUGCCCUCAGGCCAGUCAUCUGCCGAAUGACUGCUCUCAGCUACCUCAACCUUUCAUCCUGCCGAUAUCUACCAAGAGGAAUGAAGAGACUUUACCGUGGCCAGGAAGACAUUCGUCAGCUGCUCGACAUAUUGGAGUAGUACUUGUAUUGAUUUGGUUUCAGAAAUCGGAAACUGAACUGGAUUUACAAGGCCUCUUUGUUUUAGUAAUGUGGAUAUUUUGUAAAUGUUGUUUUAUGUCUACACUGUGAUUAUGUUGGCUUUGAAUUAAUUUGUAUAUAUCCCCUCAACUGUUAACCUACAGUGACAUUCAGUUGUAUAUACCGUAAUUUCAUGGAUUUCUUUUUUUUCUAAAUACAUUUUUCACCAAGGGACAAAAAUUCCAGACAAAAGUCAAGAGAUAUUUGACAUGAAAAAUAAAUGUUCAAGAUUUUACUAUAAA